AUGCUCGAAAAGAAUGAUAUGACACCGUUUGAAGAGCAGCUAGAAAGAUUCUUGCCGUCGUUAGAUCUUCGCUUUGCUUCACAGUUCUCGAAAUUACCUCCUCGAUUGCUUCUAGACGAGGCUAACAGUAACUUCAAUGACCAAGGAGUGAGAUAUAUGGGCAUUACUGACGAUUCGGUUGAUUACGAUGAAGAUUACACAACAGAGGCGUAUCUUGCCAAAUUCGGUUCUGGCUUGCAGAGGCUCGAGGCUCAGAAUCUUAUCAACAUUACAAAUCUCGCCUUUUGGAAGGCAUCAUCCCAAAAGGACGGGAACCCGAUCUCGUAUGCUUUGGACGACAACCCGCAUAAUUUUUGGCAAAGUGACGGGUCGCAGCCGCACUAUGUCGAAGCAAGUUUUAGUAAACGCGUCGAAAUUGUUCAACUGGCCCUUUUCCUGUCGCUUGCUAUAGACGAGUCGUACACACCACAAGUCAUAAAAGUCUACGCAGGUCACAGUUGCUCGGAUGCCACGCACUACAAGACCCUAGAAGUCCGAAACGUCAACGGCUGGAUUGCCCUCACGUUUGAGGAUAACAGACCCCAGGACAGGCUUUUGAAAUGUCAGUAUCUACGCAUAGAAAUUCCGGUGAACCAUGAGAACGGUAAAGACACUCAUUUGCGUGGAGUAAGAGUCUACACCCAAUAUUUUCGCACACCAGCUGCGGGUUCUCUACUUUUGGAUUAUUUCUCUCCAGAUGGAUUACUUUCCGAAUGCAAGUUAAGGUGA